AAAAAAGUAACAUUAACAAGGAGAACAGAACUGGUGUGUGAAAUUAUUGCAAAAGACUCUAUUGAGAAAUCAACUGACAUGAAUAUCUGCUCAGAGGAAGAUGUUCUAAAUUGCACAUUUGAAUCCUGUGAUAUCGAAGGGAAAGGGGAAGUAUACGUAUCCAGAAUCAUCAGAUAUCUGGAAGAUGUAACAGGUCAAAGCUGUGAGAAGGGGCAGCUAAAACUACUGCACAAAAUGCUAAAUCCUGAAGAAAGGGACAUUGCUGUGAAUUUAGGAACCUUCCACAACAUUAUGAAGCAGUGGAUUGCUGAAUGCAGACAGGAAGGAUUCUCCAGUGGAAAGAAUGAAGAGGCUACGUGCUUUGAAAACAUUUGCAUUUUACCGACAGAUAAGAAAUCUGAUACAACUUCAGGGCAACUGGAAGGGUAUGGAGGUGACGUAAACAGAGGAAACCUAGAGACUACUGAGCUAAUCAAUGACAUCGAGUGUCUGGAGUACACGAACAGGAAGCUGGUGGAUCAAAAUGCAAAACUACAAAGAUCAGUAGAAGGAUUUGAGGAAGCAAAUGUACGUCUGACUGAGGAAAUCUUUGAUCUGAAAAAUAAACUCAAAAGCUCUCAACAAGUGUUACUUCAUGUCAAGUUACUAGAGAAUGAACUAGAGGAUUUGAAAUCCAUUGUGAAGAACCUGGAGGACAGAAAUUCUAAGCUGCAGAGCCAUAACAGACAACUGGAAAAGGAACAACAGAAUCUAAGCACAAGGAUUUGUCAGCUUCAGGAAGAGAAUGGGAAAUUAACAACCGAGAAAGACUAUGCACACUGGAGAACUGAGGAGCUAGCAUCAGAGAAGGUUGAGCUGAAGAACCAGAUGCACGAAGCCAAGAGACUUAUUUCCGUUAAAGAUGUCUUGCUAACUGAGAGAAUAAACCAGUCAGAGGAAUUGAAAUCAACUGUAGAUGAAUACAAUAACAUCAUUAAGAUAACAUCUGACCCGUUGAGAAUUUAUAGAAUUUUCUGUUUGUAUUCCAGCAACAGUCACUGGGUAGUGAUCAGAAACGAGAACCCUGGCUAA